AUUUAAUAUUAUUUGUAAUUGAAGUAAAUGAAAGUGAAUGUAGAACAGUGCCAUAAACUGUUGAUUUGAUUUCUCUGGUAAGAAUGCAAAGAGUGAGGGGAGGAGAGAUUCCAUCACAUCCAUUCAUGAUAAAUCAGACAACACAACCUCUUUUUCCUUUUACUUACUUCACUGAAUAUGAUUUCAGACAAAGCUGGAGCAGUUGCACUAGAAGAUAAGAUCAAAUCAUUAUGGCGACUGUAGUUGUGCAGCAGCCACUCGGCAAGGCUGGGACAGAAGCUUGGAAUUCAGGAAUAUGUGACUGUUGCGAGGACUUGAGCUCUUGCUGCUAUGCGUACUGGUGCUUUCCUUGCUUUACCUGCUCCACCACUGGAGAGUUUGGGGAGAGCACCUGUCUGCCUCUGCUGGACAUAUUGGGCCCAGCUCUCAUGGCUGCGUUUGGAAUUGGAGUAUGUGUUCCACCUGUGGGUCUGGCAAUGAGGGUGGCAGUUCGCUACAAAUAUCAAAUUGGGGGCAGUCUCUGUGAGGACAUCAUGGUAUCUUGCUGUUGCAUCUGGUGUUCUUGGUGUCAGAUGAGUAGAGAAAUCAAAGCACGUAAAAAAGUCAUCAAAGUAGUGCAAAGAAAUCCCUUGUUGCAGCCAGUUCCAAUGGCAGUUAACCCACAAGUUGUCGCUAUGCAGCAGCCGACAGUGAUCGGUGCCGCACCGGUAGGAGUUGGUCCUGCAGUCCAGACAGCACCAAUGAAGACAGCUGCUAUGUAGAAGUUCACCGCAGGUCUGCCACAUGUAUCUUGCUUAAAUAAUAUCAUAAGGGAUUCAUAGAGUAAUAGCUAUCCAGUUUAAUCAAUAUCAAUGAUUUUGUGUGAACGGCUCAGGUGCACUUGGAAAAUAUGUUUAUAUUGUACACUUUAUAUUGUUUAUUAUUUGUAUUUGUUUUCUUGUUUGGUUUAACUAAUCAGACUUAUUAAAUUUUUUUUUUUUUAAACAUUAAAAAAAGUCUUGUUUUCUUCAACACUGAUGAUUCUUGAUGAUAAAGCCAUUUUGUCUUUUAAUAACUUUGAGUCUUAUAUAGCAGAAGUGAGGACAACUGAUGAACUGAAUAAAUAGAUAAACUGAGUUAUAUGCGGCUUACUUAUUUACAGUAUGCAGUGUUCUUCAAAAAUGCAAAUAGGAUGACAUUUGUCAAAAACUAUAGCAUUUAAUUGUAACUGAAGUGGUUGUAUAUAGACAAAAUAAAUUACAAUUGAAAUGUU